UUGUAAUUGUAACCCCCCCUUCCCAGUUCCACACUCCGUUCGUUCGUCCUUCUUAAGAGAGAGAGAGAGAGAGAGUAGCGGAAAGCUCGAGGACGCAUCAAUGGUGAAGGAAGAUAGCGACUCCUCCGAACGAAUCGUAAAGUCACAUGUAGAUGACGAUGACGAUGGUGAUGAUGGUGUUAGUCUCGAGGGUUUGGAGAACAGAUUGGGUGAGCUUAAAAGGAAAAUUCAAGGAGAGAGAGCUAGGUCUAUUAAAGAGAAAUUUGAGGCUAAUAGAAAGAAAGUGGAUGCCAAUGUCACUCCUCUCUCGUCCGCUGCGUUGAACCGGGCUACCUCAUCAGGGGACAAUGGAGAUAUCAAUUUGUUUUCUUCGAGGAUGGAGAUUCCACUCUGCAAGUUGAAUGGUUUUUCUCAUGGGGUGGGAGAUAGAGACUAUGUUCCUACUAAGGAUGUUAUCUCUGCAAGUGUUAAGCUUUCGGUUGCUGAGAGGAUACCGCCAUACACUACCUGGAUAUUUUUGGACAGAAAUCAAAGAAUGGCUGAAGAUCAGUCUGUGGUUGGUCGACGACAAAUCUACUAUGAGCACCAUGGUGGUGAGACACUAAUAUGCAGCGAUAGUGAGGAAGAACCAGAACCUGAGGAGGAAAAACGCGAAUAUUCCGAGGGUGAAGACUCCGUUAUAUGGUCGAUUGGGCAGGAGUAUGGCAUGGGUGAGAAAGUGCAGGAUGCUCUUUGUCAGUUCCUCAGCGUAGAUGCUUCAGACAUUCUGGAAAGAUACGAUGAGCUCAAGUUGAAGAAUGUGGAUAAUGUUGAGGGCUUUUCUAAUUCCGGAUUGAAGCUGGGAAUAUCUCUAGAAAAGGGCCUUGGUGCUGCUCUAGAUUCUUUUGAUAAUCUUUUCUGCCGCCGUUGCCUGGUGUUUGACUGUCGUCUGCAUGGAUGUUCUCAGCCUUUGAUUAGUGCUAGUGAAAAACAGCCUUAUUGGUCUGAUUAUGAAGGUGAUAGGAUCCUCUGCAGCAAAAAUUGUUACAUCCAGGCGGUCAGAGAAGUACCAGGAGCAAGCAGUAAUUUUGCAUCUAACACAGAAGAGAAAGCUUCAGAAAAGGAAGGCAGCAAGGCUGUCUCUUCUGAUGACCUUCAUGAUGCUACUGGUGGUGUCAGUCUGCAAGUUGAAAAGACAGAUAUUGAUUCCAUGAAUUUAGAUUCAUCCUCUGGUGUAGCCCAUGGCCAUGGAAUUAGGGGAAAGCGUGAGGUCCCGAAUCUCGAAGACUCCAAUUAUCUGUCUAGUUCAUCAAACAAGAAACAGAAGACCGCAGCCUCGGAUACAAAUAUAACAUUUGUCAAUCCUUUCCCUAGCUUAGAUCAGGCAUUCGAUAGCACAAAGAGUGAUCAAGGUGGAACACGUGAUACCAAUAAAGUAGAUAGAGACUCAGGAACUGAUGCAAAAGUAGCUGAGCCUAUUCCAGACAAUUUGGUCCAUGAUGGUGGUUCCUCGGUUUGUCAGCCAGACCAUGUUAGUGGAAAUGGAGCAAUAACCAUUUUAGAAAAGUCUGAGACAAGUCAACCAUCUACAGAGUGGAAGCCUAUUGAGAAGGAUCUUUACUUGAAGGGAGUCGAAAUCUUUGGGAGAAACAGCUGUCUUAUUGCAAGAAACCUGCUUUCUGGCUUGAAGACAUGCCUAGAUGUGUCCAGUUACAUGCGAGAAAACGAAGUUUCAUGUUUUCGAAGAUCUGGCACCCCAAAUUUGCUGUUGGAUGAUGGCAGGACUGACCCAGGGAAUGAUGAUGAUGAGGUGCCUCCAAGGACAAGAUUGUUCCGUAGAAAAGGCAAAACCCGAAAGCUGAAAUACUCUACAAAGUCUGCUGGUCAUCCAUCUGUCUGGAAAAGAAUAGCCGGUGGCAAAAACCAGUCCUGUAAACAAUACACGCCGUGUGGAUGCGUGUCAAUGUGUGGAAAGGAUUGCCCUUGUCUAACUAAUGAAACUUGCUGCGAGAAAUAUUGCGGGUGCUCAAAAAGCUGCAAGAAUCGUUUCCGAGGAUGUCAUUGUGCCAAGAGUCAAUGCAGAAGCAGGCAGUGUCCCUGCUUUGCUGCUGGCAGAGAAUGCGAUCCAGAUGUUUGCAGAAAUUGCUGGGUUAGUUGUGGAGAUGGUUCUCUUGGUGAGGCACCAAGACGCGGAGAAGGGCAAUGCGGAAAUAUGAGACUUCUCCUGAGGCAACAACAGAGGAUCCUAUUGGGAAAGUCUGAUGUUGCUGGAUGGGGUGCUUUUCUAAAGAACUCGGUCAGCAAAAAUGAAUAUCUCGGAGAAUACACUGGCGAAUUGAUAUCACACCGUGAGGCAGAUAAGCGUGGGAAAAUAUAUGACCGGGCAAAUUCGUCCUUCCUCUUUGACUUGAAUGAUCAGUAUGUCCUGGAUGCUCAGCGCAAAGGAGACAAGCUGAAAUUUGCCAAUCACUCAGCAAAACCCAAUUGCUACGCUAAGGUAAUGUUCGUGGCAGGAGAUCACAGGGUGGGAAUUUUUGCGAACGAACGAAUAGAAGCAAGUGAGGAGCUUUUCUAUGACUACAGAUAUGGACCAGACCAAGCACCAGCUUGGGCUCGCAAACCUGAAGGAUCCAAGAAAGAUGAUUCAGCCAUUACUCAUCGAAGAGCCAGAAAGCACCAGUCUCAUUGAUGAAUGCUGACUAUGUAAAAUAAGAGCCUCGUUUAGAACUAAAAUAUAGAUCAUGAGAGAUGAUAUUGAAUCUGGGACCUGUGCUUAUAUUUUAAAUUAGUGUUGAGAUUUUUAAUUUAUCUUGAUAUAGGGGAUGAAACAAUUUAUGUAUGUAUUAUUAUUUGGGUCAAUAAGUAAAAUUUUA